CCCAGCGCAAAUCAGUCCUCAGGAUAAUCCCGAGAAAAGUGGAUACAGUGAAGUAGUUGGUGUGUCAUCAUUACAGUGGGAAUAAAAAAGGGAAGCAGUGAGCUUUAGAAGGUGGUGAAGUAAAGGCGUGGAGGGCGAGCAGCGCAGGAGCGGCUGGGUGUCUUGUGAGUGGUUGUUUAGAGUGCACAGACGUCUAAAGUCCAUUUGGAUUACCUUGAGCUCAGUGAAAGGUAAAAAUCCUGUUCUUCGUGGGAUCUUUACUCAAAUUUAGGUUUCUUUCAUACCCUCUCUCCAGAACAGUGAAAGAAGCAGCCUUCUGUUUGUCUCAGUGCACGGGGGUACAUCCAUGUGAAGAGGCGUAUCUGGUGGAUAUGUUAGUGUGAGUGUCUUUGUGUACACACACAUCGGUUGGAGAGUAUCUGCCUGAAGAGGUGCUCAGCAGAGAUGCAAGGAGCUCGAUCCUCAGCCCAUCUCCUGCUGCUGAGCUGCUUGUGUGCAGCAGUGGCGACUGGCUACCCGUUCAGAAUGCCUCUGGACCUGGAUGUGACUCCACGUGUCACUGUGUUGACCAGUGGUCUCCAGGGCUGCAGACGUUUUCAUUCUUCUGCAGUCAACUACAGCACCAUGUUCCUGGAGGUUGACAGUGAGCAUCUCUAUGUCGGGGCCCGGGGGGCUGUAUUCUCUCUCAAUGCCUCUGACAUAUCAGCCGGCUCUGCUCUCACUAUUGAGUGGGAGGCUUCCCCUAAGCAGAAGAGUCUGUGCCAGCAGAAAGGAAAAAACAAUAAGACAGAGUGUUUUAAUCACAUCCGCUUCCUCCAGAGGUUUAACUCGACUCAUCUCUACAUGUGUGGCACUCAUGCAUUCAGUCCCCUUUGUGCAUACAUAGAUGAAAAGAGGUUUGUUAUGUCAUCAGAGCCUGAGGAAGGCAAAGACAAAUGUCCUUACAGCCCAACAACAGGUUACACUGCUCUCAUUAUAGACCAGCAGAUAUACACAGCUUCCCAGUAUGAGUUCUGGAGCUUUCCAGAUAUACGCCGUAACUCUCCAUCUCCCACUCUGAGGACAGAAGAUGCUCCCACACGCUGGCUGAAUGAGGCAGACUUUGUGGGUUCAGCACUUGUGAGGGAGAGUUUGGGCAGCAGCACCGGUGAUGACGAUAAGAUCUACUUCUUCUUCACCGAGAGGAGCCAGGAGCAGAGUACAACCCACAGCCACAGCAGGGUGGCACGAGUUGCUCGGGUUUGUAAGGGAGACCGAGGAGGUCAUUUAACUCUCCAGAAACGGUGGACAUCCUUUCUCAAGACCAGGUUGAUUUGCUCUCUGCCUGAGUUUGACUUCCACUUCAACAUGCUGCGCAGCGUGUUCGUUAUGCCUGGCCUCAUGCCGCAAGACACUCUCUUUUACGGCAUCUUCGGCCUGGAGUGGAAAAAUGUGAAGGCAUCUGCAGUGUGUCGGUUCUCUCUGUCUGAAGUCCAAGAGUCCUUUCAAGGACCCUACAUGGAGAACCAGGACCCUGGCUCUACAUGGAAGGAAUACACUGGAAAAGUUCCUGACCCACGGCCUGGAACAUGUAUAACUGAUGCUCUGAGAGCCAGAGGCAUAAACAUCUCUACCUCCCUGCCUGAUGACGUGCUGAAUUUUGUCAGACGGCAUCCUCUGAUGUCCCAGCAAGUCCAACCUUUUGACAGACGCCCUCUUUUGUUCAGGAAAACAACAGACUACACACACAUGGCAGCCCACGUGGUCCAUGGGUUAGAUGGACAAAUGUACCAUGUAUUAUACAUGGGAACAGAUGAAGGUUGGAUACACAAAGCUGUAGAAGUAAAAGAUCAACUACACAUUAUUGAGGAGCUUCAGUUGUUUGAGGAACCACAACCUGUUACCAAUCUACUGAUGUCUACUAAGCAGAUGAGUGUGUACGUGGGCUCUCCAUCAGGCGUGGUUCAGCUGCCGCUCUCUAACUGUCGCAGGUACACUUCCUGCUAUGACUGCAUCUUUUCCAGGGAUCCUCACUGUGCCUGGAACGGAUCCAAGUGUGUGGAUGUGAUGGCAGAGGCAAACAGAUCCAGUUUAAUCCAAGACAUCCAGCAUGGUAGCAUAGGAUGUGAGAUGAUGCAAUAUGAUAUUGUCCAGCGAAGCCGCUCUGUUCGGGUGGGGGAUGAUGUGCUGCUGCAGUGUGAGCUCAGCUCCAACCUGGCAACGCCCCUCUGGAUGCUGGAUGGUAGGGAGGUGCAGGGCUACGAUCUGAACUCUGGCUUCAGGACAGGCACAGAUGGCCUGCUGAUCAUUGAGGCCCGACAGGACCAGAGCGGUCUGUAUACCUGUCACACUGUUGAGAACAACAUCAAGGUUGCCAUAGUAACCUACAAUGUAACCAUCAACCUGGACCUUCCCCUUCCCCCACCCAUUGAUCCAGUUCGUAGUAUUUCUUCCAUUCUGCCACCAUCGACAGAUCAACCUUCAUCUGAGGGGCCCCCAUCACUCCCCAACCACUCAGAGCUGCUGUCCCCCAGGAACAUGGAGGCCAUGUACCUGUCCCUCAUCACCAUCCUUGGUGGUCUGUGUGUGGUUCUCACUGUGGUCCUCGUCUAUGUGGGUUUCUGCUUGCGAGCGGGCAGCAGAGGGAAGUACUCAUUGCGUGCCGCAGCUGCAGCGUAUCCAAGCAGCAAGAAGAGCAUGAGGAGCAGGAAACAGCACAGAAGCUCCUCCCACAUGGAGCUGAAGACCAUCUCAAUUCACUGUAAUGGCAAUGGCAUUUGCAAUGGAGUUUCAAAGUAUAAUGGCAGCAUCCAGGAUGGAGGCUUUCUACAGAUAGUCCCGGGUGAGGGCCACACAUCAUUUAAUAAGGAGCCUCCUCCCCCAGCACCGCCUCUUCCUCCAACUCCACAGCAUACCUGUGACAUUCCCAGUGGGCUGUCGGCCACUUUGCCCAGUGUCCUACGGAGGAUGAACGGGAACAGCUACAUGCUGCUGAGGCAAAGUGACUCUGAAAGCACAUCACCACUCUGCUACUCCUUCUCUGAGGAACUCAACAGGAUCUUAGAAAAGAGGAAACACACUCAGCUGCUACCCAGGCCGGAUGAGAGUUCUGUUUAGAGGCAUGCAGCUCCCCUGUCAUGUUCUCACCCCGUGCCUGUUCUUUGUGGACCAAAAGAUGUAGAUAAGAUGUAAUGCAGAUAAAAACAAAUUCUUAUCCGUAUUACUUACUUUUGAUAGUCCACAUUCAGAUAUUCCUGCUUUUUAAACCCAUGAGCAAACUGAAUUUCCAAAUUUCUCUGGAAAAAAAAAAAUUCAAAUGUGAAAUGAUAGUAAACGGUAGAACAGAAAUGCGUGAUCUACCUCACCUGCCCAGAGAGACGUGUAGUCGAGACUGGAGUCUGAGAAUCAGAGCAGGGAUCUCCACUGCAGGAUGAUCUCUGAUCUGCAAAGAACAAACCUGGAUAAACAAACUCUUAACAAGACGUGGAACUGCAUGGACAUAUAAAUACAUGAUGGGAUCCCAAUCAGACUAGAGGGCAGCUAGCCAAAAUUUGUUUGCACUGAGAAGUGCACAGAUGGCCUAUGCAUUUUUAAAACAUGACACAUUCAUCAUAAAUAUUGAUGGACAUGAUGAGCAAAAGCUAAUAUGUAUGAGAAUGUUAUAUAUAUAUAUAUAUAUAUAUAUGCUUUCACUGUUAAACAGAUGGUACUAUCUUGUGUUGGCCAGCUAGGUUGCGGUUGUGGGCCUUGAUGCAAUUCAGCUGCUUUUCAAGUGAGUCCCCUGGACUGGUGACAGCUCUCUUCAUGCCCAGCAUCUUCUACAAGUUUGGCAUAGUUCCUCAGCUGCUGCAGGUUCCAAUUUGAAAGCACAAUGAGGUCUAUUGUCACCAGCUGCUGUCUAAGACCAGGGAGUUGGCUAGAGAGGCAGCUCAAUGACAUCGAGAACCCCAAUAGCAGCAGGAUUGGCCAGCAGACAGGGAAACACUAAAUGGAUGAAUGGAGGGAGCUGGUUAACAAACAGAACUCACAUUUUAUUAAUAGCACACACAAAGCACAUUGUAUCAGUUCUAAUAGCUGUUGCGGAAUAAUAUACUGUAACUCAUGCUGACACAUAACAAAACCCUUUUAGUAAAAGAAAAAAUGGUGAACUAAUCAUUAUUUAAUAUAACUAUCAGUACUAAUUAACCUAAUUUAUUCGGUUGUUCUUAAUUAAUUAUUAAUUAAAUAUUAAUGACUGGUUAUUUUAUCAUCUAAGUUCAGAUAAGUAUUUAAUAUUAUUUAUAUGGUGUUAAAACAUAAAUGAAAAACUACUAUAUGGGUGUACAGCAUGUGAGAAAUUUGUGACAUCAACAUAAUAAAAGGAAAUAAAUGUGUCCCAUUUGUACAUGAUAGAAAAAGUAUUAAACAGUGAUUAUUUCACCAAGUGCUGUGUGCAGCCUUUGAGAUAUUUGACAGUAUUAAUGAAUUUAAUGCACUUUAAACUAAACUUUCUAAGUGUUUGGGGGAAUUAAUGGACACUAUUAUGAGAUUUUAAGCCAGAAUGAGUUUGACCUUUUUGAGAUGUUGUUUCUGCUGGAUGCUGUUUGACCCCGACUCCCCCCAACAUGAAUCUGCAGCGCUGAAUGACAAACUGUGGAGCAUCAAGAGUGUCCAAGGUAUUUAGUUUUUAUAUCUUACCAGCACAUUUCUCCCACAGGCACUUUGCCAAACAAGCCUUUUAAGAUAUGCAUCAUGGAGUUAAGAGUCCAUGGCCACUGUUAAAACACUGAUAGAAACCUUCUUGUCUUCUGAAUUUGUAUGCAGUUGUAUCCUAACAGCUUUGUCAGUAUGACAGACGUUUAUUAUUUGUGGAAAAGGUUUGGUUUCAAUAUUUGCAAAUCAAGACAUCUGCUGUAGUCUUUUUCACAUGAACACUGACACAACUAAUUUACAUAAUAAGAGAUAGUACAAUAAGCGCUAAGGUUUAAUUUCUAGAAAUUCAUUUUUUUUUCUUUCCAUUGUAACAUAUUGCAGGUAUAUCCUUGCACAGAAAUGGCUGUAAUCUCAUUUAGUAUCAUAGAUAUUAAAUUUCUGUCAGUCAGCUCUCGCUGCAUACUCUUAUGUCAGAACGCAGCAUUAAUUAAGUACUUGUCUUAUGAUGAGGCUGGCCUCCACUGGAGAGCCACAGAUCUCUCCAGACAUUUACACCAUGUUCCACUCUGAAGCUUCCAAUUAUUUUCUUCUUACUUCAGCAGCAAAGUCUGGAUUUUCUUUUUUUUUUCCUAAUUUCACAUGAAGAAAAGAAAUGUAAAAAUAACUAUAUACUAUGUCCUUUCAAAGAUGCAUAUUUCAGUCAUAGGUUUCCUUAGUCAUAGCAUACUUGAUUGAGUCAAGUCAUUCAGUAAUGCUUGGGUUUGAAAUGACAUGUACACUGCUGCAGUUCACAAAACAUUAGACCUGGAAGAGCCAAUCUUUCCAGUUAGUUUGAUUAAAGCCCUUUGACCUAUUUUCAGACUACAUAAGACAAGGUUAAUAAAAAAAAUAAAAAAAAAAGGAUUUUAUUUCAUUUCAGGGUCUUGUUUGGAAUAUCUCUUGACUGUGUUUGAGUUCAGCUACAUCUCAGGCCACAUAGAAGCAGAGUUGACCACAUGCAGUUUUCCAAUAGAUCUACAAUGGAAAGACAUUGCUAAGGCCUGCACAUUUUUCUGUCUUUCUCAUUUACAGGUGUAAUAAGAGCAGAUCAGUUAUCUUCCUGAGGAGACCACCUCUUUGACCAUGUCAAAAAGCAAGACUGGACACAGAAGUGUUCUUUUAAUGAGCGGUGGAACAAAAUUUACCAUCAUUAGCAGACAGCGGGGUCAGAGGUGAGGCUGGAUGAGGGCAGCAGUGUGAGCCUGGGCACCGCCAGCUGAAAAUAGCUGGCUACAGCAUCUUACUGAGCUACGUUUGUUCAUUCAGACAACAGCUCUUUGUGUGGAGACAGCGUCCUUCUCUCUGUUUGAUGCAUACUUGUUAGACCAAACUUAAAAUAUAAUGAUCUUUUUUUUUUACUUUCUGCAUGAAUUAUGUUCAAACACUGCUAUUAAGGAAACAACAAGCUCAUCUAAAUAUCAAAGAAAAGUGCCAAGGUUGGUGUUAGAAUACAGUAUACUUUGUGAGCCUGUUUUAUUGCAAAACCAGAAGAGAAUGGUUAAAAAAAAGGCAUUUAUUUAUUUUGUAAUUUUGUAAAAUUGUAUUAUUUUGAAGCUUAUUGAAAAUGUUGUUGUUGAAGUGCCACUUUUAAAAAAAACAGACAAUUUUUAUGUGUUGCACAAAAUGUGAUAAAGAUGAACACAGCAGCCAAAAGCAUGCAGAGGCUGCACCAGCACAUUAAUAUUUAUAGCUCACUAACAGGAGAAAAAUACACCAAAUUAUACAUAACCAUCUCUAUAUUCCUAAUGUCUUAGCUACAGAUUGUUGAGCUUUUCUGUACUUUUAAUCUUGUUUGCAUGUUACACCAUGUGUGUGCACAGAAAAUCUUUUUCCUAAGCUAACACAAAGAACGAGGGCAGUGACUCCCUUCAAAUUUCAGUUUGAAAUAAAAUUUCUACAUGAA